AUGACUGACCAAUCAUCAAUCCAACUCCCACCCCGCCCGGAGGUCCUCGACAGCGUCCGCCUCCGCAACAUCGAGCUCCCCCUCCCCUGCGCCCCAGAAGCCUGGCACCGCCAGGGAAAAUCCCAACCCUGCACCGCAACCCUCACGCUCUCCUACUCCUCCAUAAUCACUGCAGCUGAAACCGACAACGUCUCCCUGACCCUCGAUUAUGGCAAGCUAUUCCGCCGACUAGAAGGCGACGUGCGCAGCAUGGGCGAGAACACCUCAUCCCCAGCACACCCAUCCCAGAGACUCCUCAGCCUAGAUGGGUCCCGGCGCGAGGAAAUGGACACUCUCGGACUGGGCCAAGACCCGCGCGUGAUAGCAGGCGUUGUCGCGAACGCCGGACUGGGCUUGUUGGAGACUACGGCUGCUGGGGUCGCAUCGAAGAAUAUCUCAGCGGCUUAUGGAGAGUGUGAGGUUGAAUUGCAUCUGCCCAAGGCCUUGCUGCGUGCUGAUGAGGGUCUCCGAUAUCGGAGUGUUACGGCGCUGGGGAAGGAGGAUGCGGGUAAGCCGCGGGAUUUGGUUGUUUUGGAAGAGGAGUUCCGCAUUGAAGGGAUUCGGUGCUAUCCUAUUUUGGGCGUGAACCCCCAUGAGAGGCUGGAGAAGCAGGCUGUUGUUGUUGGUCUUUCUUUCCAGGGUGCUGGGCAGCUGGGUUGGGGGUCGAAGGUCGUUGAGACUUACCAGGCUGUGACCCGGGCUGUGGCUGAGAAGGUUGACCAGACUGAUUUCAAGUCUGUGGAGUCGCUGGCUACUUUCAUCGCUCGCAUUGUUACUGUCGACUUUGGCAAUGAGCGUGUGACGGUCAAGGUAGAGAAGCCGAGUGCUCUUGCUUUUGUGCAGCGGUCUGGUGUGGAGAUUACCCGCUGCAAGGCCUUCUUUGAGAGCCACUAA